AAAUAGUCUGGCGAGUAUUAAAGGUCUUCAAAAGAAAGAUGUGGUAGACUAUAGACCGCGAAAACAUGUACUUAAACCUGAACCGAGCCGGUUUAUUCCUUUUCCCUUAAACCCCAAUAAUCAAAGUAGAAGCCCUAAUUCGGUGAUUUCUUAAACCCAUGUUCUUCUAAGCACAGAGUGUCUCAAAAGGUGAUGGAGAGCAGACUGUUAUCGGCUUUAAGAAAGAGCAAAAACAUAUUUGCUCAAAUUUCUUCAAAAUCGAGAUGUUCUAAAUCCGGGUUUUGCAUUACCGAUCAUCCCUCUUCGUUGGUUCACUCCAAAUCCUUCUCAUCUUCAACGCAAGUUCCAGCUGCCCAAAACAGCAUUUUCAGAAACUUGGGGAACUUGGGAUCUAGAGCAUUCCGUCAUCAUCAACUCAAUCAAAAGGGGGUUUAUAGAACUUCCCAUAGGAGCUUUUCCACUGUGACAGUUGCUUCUGCUGAAAGCACUCAGGGACUCAAGCUCCUUGUAACUGCUGGGCCCAGAGCACAGAAAUUGGUAGGAAUAUGGCUUUUUGGUUCUGCAGCUUGGGUCUUCAGCAUGGUGGUGCUUGGGGGUAUGACACGUUUAACCAGAUCAGGACUAUCAAUGACAGACUGGAAAUUCACCGGCUCUCUUCCUCCCCUAUCAGACGAAGAAUGGCUGGCUGAAUUUGAGAAAUAUAAGCAGUCGCCUGAAUAUAAACGUAUAAACCGAGGGAUGAGCAUCGAUGAUUUCAAGUUCAUAUAUUGGAUGGAGUAUGCACAUCGUAUGUGGGGAAGAGCUCUAGGUGUCAUGUUUGCACUACCAUUUUCGUACUUUCUCCGCAAGGGUUAUAUUACAUUACAGCUUGGACUUAGACUCUCUGGAUUAUUUGCUCUUGGUGCUGGACAAGGACUUAUAGGUUGGUGGAUGGUUAAGAGUGGACUGGAGGAGCCUGCAUCUGAGUAUUCUGAACCAAGAGUUAGCCCUUACCGCCUUGCAGCCCAUCUUACUUCAGCAUUUGUUAUAUACAGUGGCCUCUUCUGGACUGCUCUUUCUGUUGUUAUGCCUGAACCCCCUGCCGAGUCACUUGCCUGGGUUAAAGGUUCUGCAAAGGUUAAGCAACUAGCCCUUCCUGUGAGCAUUCUUGUUGGGAUCACUGCUGUCUCAGGAGCAUUUGUUGCAGGAAAUGAUGCUGGUCGUGCUUUUAACACUUUUCCUAAGAUGGGUGAUACAUGGAUUCCAGAAGAUACUUUGAGCAUGAAGCCUCUUUUCCGGAACUUCUUUGAGAAUACGUCAACUGUGCAGCUUGAUCAUCGUAUACUUGCCACUUCAACUUUGAUUGCAAUCGGGGGCCUAUGGAUGGCAACUAGGAAACUGGAUUUACACCCCGGUGUGCGUUCAAUAAUCGGUACCACUGUAGGCAUGGCUGCUCUUCAGGUCACUCUUGGAAUAUCAACUCUUCUAUCUUAUGUACCCGUAUCUCUCGGAACAGCUCAUCAAGCUGGAGCUCUAAUGCUUCUAAGUUUGAUGCUUCUGCUCAACCAUACUGUGCGCCGGCCUUCAUUGUCACUUCUGAAGACUCUACCAUCUGCAGUUAAAUCGGUCGUAUAGUUGUUUGCAAACAUGCUUGAGAUUCAGUUUACUUUAGCAUUACAACAAGAAGAUUUUUUCUCUGUGUGUGGUCGGCUACUUGAGCGCUUGAGACAAAGAAACAUUUAUCCUGUGGGUUUGCAGGUGCUACUAAUGAGGACAAGCAUGACUUGAGCAAAUAUUGACUGCAUUUGUUGUAUUGUGACAAACAUGACUUCUAUUUUGGCAUGGAAUUCCUAAUGUGAAUUAAGCCAUCUCAUUUUGAUGUUUUCCCCCCCGCAUUUUGAAUGGAAGUAGAGGUGUAUAGAGUAUAGAGGUUGACGAAAUAAAGUUUACAUCAGGGAUUAUAUUCGGGUCUUUCCUUCUUGUCCUGAUAUUUAUGAGAUUACUCGA